AUGGCUAUAUAUAUUUUGGCGGUUCUGGCUGUUGACAAAUUACCAAUUAUCCCUACUGCACUAGAAUUAAUUGGGAUACUAUUUACUACGUGGUUUACAUAUGGAUAUCUCUUGUUCAAGCCCGACCGUUACUCUUUUGAUGUUAAGGCAUUGACAGACCAAUUUCCUGCUGCUAUUCCACUUACUUUGGUACUGAAACAAUUUUUGGCAGACCGGAGCCUUGAUCAGUCCUACUCUGGUGGCUUAAGCUCAUCAAAAUCAUCUUCAUCGGCAGUCAAGUUAUCAUUAUUAGCUGCCUUGGAGGGAAAAUUUGCAUUCGAAAAGAUCACUAAAAGUUUUAGAUCUUCUUCAACUCUUGCUGCUAGCUACUUUACUUUGAAAAAAGAAGGGAAAUUAUCAUUUGAAAGAGUCAUGUCAAUCGAUAAGUCAUGGAUUGGAAAACCACGAACCACGCAUGAGUAUAAAGAUGGUUUAAACAAGUUUUUGGAUUUUGCUUUUGAGCAUCGAUCUCUUGCGGGUCGUCAGAUUAAAUGCCCUUGUCCGGUGUGUGGUUUUGGCAAGUGGCAAGCAAGAGAGAAAGUUUUUGAACAUUUAAUAGUCAAGCCAUUUCCAGAAAACUACAAAGUUUGGUAUUGGCAUGGUGAAGAAGUAGUUGGAGUUGGGUCACAAGUUCAUCAAACUAGUCACAUUGUACAAGAUGAUUCGACAUCUCAGCAUCCAAUGGUAACAAUGCUCAAUGACGCGUUUGGAGUUGCUGGACCUGACUUGAAUGAAGAUGGAGAUGGAGAUGAAGACAACAUAGAAGAUGGAGAUGGAGACAAUGCAGAAAAUGAAGAGCACAAUGGAAAAAAUGUGGAAUUUUACAAGUUGUUAGAAGAUGGCAAUGAACAAUUGUAUGAAGGGUGCACAAAGUAUUCAAAAUUGUCUUUCUUAAUUAGUCUGUAUCACAUAAAGUGCUUAUAUAGAAUAAGCGACAAAGCCAUGACCGAAAUUCUCAAGUUAUUAAAAGAUGCCUUUGGAAAUGCAAAGAUUUCAAAUACAUUCUAUGAGGCCAAGAAAAUCAUAAAUAAACUAGGGCUUAAUUAUACCAAGAUACCUGCUUGCCCUAAUGACUGCAUGUUAUAUUGGGGGAAGGAUGAAGAUUUGCAAGAAUGCAAAAGAUGCAAGACAUCUAAAUGGAGCGAUGUUAAAAAGAAGAAACCAGCAAAGAUCUUGCGAUACUUUCCACUAAAACCGAGACUUCAACGAUUAUUCAUGUGUUCUAAGACUGCUCAGUCAAUGCAAUGGCAUGCUUUGGCAGAAAAGAAAGAUUCGAAGAUGAGGCAUCCGCGGGAUUCUGAAGCUUGGAAGACAUUUGAUUUACUUCAUGAUAGGUUUGCCGAAGAUCCUCGAAAUGUACGUCUUGGUCUUGCAGCUGAUGGAUUCAACCCCUUUGGAGCUAUGCGUACAAACUAUAGCGUUUGGCCAGUGGUGCUUAUUCCAUACAAUCGGCCUCCAUGGGAGUGCAUGAAGCCAACAUCACUUAUCUUGUCAAUGAUUAUUCCUGGAGAGAAAAUGCCGGGGAACAACAUAGACGUAUACUUACAACCUCUUAUUAAAGAGUUAAAAGAGUUGUGGUAUGAUGGUGUUCAAACAUUAGAUAGGUUUAGGAAUGAAAUGUUUACAUUGCGAGCAGCAUUAAUGUGGACAAUUAGUGAUUUUCCAGGCCUUGGUAACUUAUCUAGGUGGAAUGUACACAGUAAAUAUGCUUGUCCUACAUGUAACUUCAGCACUGAUUCAUAUAGAUUAAAGCAUGGUGGAAAAUGGUGUUUUUUGGGGCAUCGCCGUUUCUUAGAAAGGGGUCAUAAGUUUAGGCUAAGUCGUGCAAAAUUUAAUGGAAAAGUUGAGUUGAGGGAUCCCCCAGCAGUACUAACAGGAUCAGAAAUAUUGGAACAACUUGAAGGAAUCAAUGUUUCAUUUGGGAAAGAACUACAGGAAAGUAAAGGUAAGAGGAUUCGACGAAAAGUUGUUGAAGAAGAUGAUGAAUCGGGGAUGUGGAGGAAGAAAAGCAUAUUUUUUGAUCUUCCUUAUUGGGAGUCUAACUUAUUGCGCUAUAAUCUAGAUGUUAUGCACAUUGAAAAGAAUGUUUGUGACAAUGUAUUAUACACUUUGCUCAAUGAGACAGGAAGGUCAAAGGAUAAUCUCAAAGCUCGUAAGGAUCUUAAAGAAAUGGGUAUAAGGAAAGAUUUAUGGCCAGAUGAAAAUGGGAGAUAUCAUCCACCUUUGUUCACAAUGUCAAAUUCCAUGAAAGAUAUAUUCUUGCGUACUAUAAAGAAUAUUAGAGUACCAGAUGGUCUCUCGAGUAAUAUUUCACAGUGUGUUGACCUAAAGCAAAGAAAGCUUUCUGGAUUGAAGAGCCAUGAUUGCCACGUUCUUAUGCAGCAACUAUUACUCAUUGCCAUACGUAAUGUGCUGCCAGAUAAAGUUACUGCAGUGCUAAUAAAGUUGUCUUCAUUCUUUCAACAGUUGUGCUCUAAAAGCUUAAGUCUUACAGAACUUGAGAAGCUCCAACCUCGAAUUAUCCUUACCCUUUGUCAUUUAGAAAUGUUGUUCCCUCCUUCUUUCUUUACAAUCAUGGUUCAUUUAACUUGUCAUCUAGUUGAUGAAGCAAAAUUCGGAGGACCAGUACACUAUAGGUGGAUGUAUCCUAUUGAGAGGUAUUUAGGUCAUUUGAAGUCCUAUGUACGAAACAAAGCUAAAUCAGAAGGUUCUAUAGCUGAGGGAUACGUGGCUGAAGAAGCUCUUACAUUUUGCUCUCGAUACUUAGAAGGGAUUGAGACAAGAUUUAAUAGGCCACCACGUGUUGAUGAUCGUCCGGAUGAUAAUUACAGUACACAUGUAGAUUCCCUUUUUCCACAAAUGGGGAACUCAAAGGGAGCUUUCACAGUAUUUGAGUUGUCACCUAUGGAAAAAAAACAAGCACAUCGAUAUGUGGUUUUAAAAUGUCCAUAUGUCAAACCGUUCAUUGAUGACUUCAAAGAUUUUGUACGAAGACGAUCUAAGGGUAGAAGGCCUUCAAAUGUAGAGAUAGAAAAAAGAGUCAAUAAAGAUUUUGUUACUUGGUUUCAUGCGCAGCUUAUGAACCCAGAUAUUAUGAAUACUGUGCAUGAGGAUUUGAGAUACUUAGCAAGGGGUCCAUCACGAUAUGCCAAGAGGUUUUCUACAUUUAGUAUUAAUGGGUUCUCCUUUCGAACUACCAAUCGAGACAAAGGGUUAAAGACCCAGAAUAGUGGAGUUUUUUUAAUGUCUUCAACUCCUUGUGUUGCUAGCGCUAGUGAUGCUGAUGUUAGGAAUGCUGAUUUGUCAUAUUAUGGAAAACUAGAAGAUAUUAUAGAACUAAACUACAAUGGCCGAUUUCGGGUUACUUUAUUCAAAUGUAAAUGGGCUGACACCACUAGAGAACGGGGCUGUAGAAAGGAUAAUUGGGGUUUUACUUCUAUUAAUUUUUCACGAGUAAUACACAGUGGUGACCGAGAGGAGGAUGAUCCAUAUAUUGAAGCCUCACAAGCUCGAAUGGUGUAUUUUGUCAAUGAUGAAGUGAAUAAAGAUUGGAGUGUUGUCGUGCAUUUGAAGCCAAGAGAUUCAUAUGAUAUGGGGGGAAAUGAAGAUGAUGAACCAUGCGAGAAUGAGCCAUGGUUAGAGCAAAACUUAGAUUCUUUAUUUGAAAAUGGUGAUAAUCUAUCAUUGUUAAGAGAUGAGGUAGAUGAUGAACUACUAGAUAAUAACAUUGGAGAAGACGAACACAUGUUAGAAUAG